CGUAGUAAGUAGCUAGCGACUUCACAUGCGACGAUUUUUUCAAGAUAACUGCAACAAUGAAGUUAGUUUCAAAUUAAUUCCGGCUUGAAGUGGAUGCGUGUGCGCGUCCGAUGAUCAGCCAACAACUCACACGGGAAAAAAUGCAAAGAAAGCCGCCUGCAUGUAAAUAACUACUUAGCUCGCAGAACCAGCACUAGCGAACUAGCGAAGCGUAAACAGAAAAGGCGAUCCUAUUCUCGAUAUUUUCUUACAUAUUUGCCACUUUAUGUGACACUUUAACUGGAGUCGGACGCAUUCUACAUGGUUAUGAAACGAAUACCUAUUACUGAAGAGCGGUUUUAUUGUUAAAAUAAUAAUAAGUGCUACAUAAAUCAAAUUCAUAAUUCAAGUUCAAAAACUUUAAAUACAAUUAGGUGAUUGAAGGCUUCCGGAGAUAGUAUAUCAAAAAUUAAUUUAAAAAAAAAAAAAUAUUAAUUUUAGUGUUUGUGAUUUUAUUGCCGCAUUAGCUACAUUAGGUAUUACAUUAGGCAUAAAACGGAUUGAAAUUGAAAUCAAUUUCGAAUGUACAGUUAAAUAAUUGAAUUUGAAUCCGGGAGCACCGAAAGGCGAAUGACGCGAAAGUGAAAACAAACUCUUGUGGUGGCGAAAGUAACUAUUCAUCUACUAAUUAAAUAAAUAAACCAGAUAAAAAAAAAAUAUAUAACUAUUUAUUCAAAAAUGGUGGAAAAAGUGGCCAACACGAUGAUAGCGCGCAUAAAGCUGCAGCAGUGGGGCAAAAUCUUCCACAUGUACUACAUAGAACCGAUUGUGUUUAUGUUGGUGUUUGCCCAUAGUCUAUCCGGUACGAUUCUCCGCAAUCAAAUCAUAUAUCAAGCCUGUACAACGAUAUUCAAUUACAAUGAGACUAUUUGCCAAGAAUUAGGCACAAAAAACGCCAGUGAACAAGCGACGAAAAUCGAAACCGAAGUGCAGCCAUAUGUCGCAAAUCUGUUUAUGAUUCGCACUUUGCUGGAGAGUAUUGUGCCGGCGUUGUGUGGCGUUUUCAUUGGUUCAUGGUCGGAUCACUAUGGCCGUAAGCCGUUGUUGGUCAUUUCAAUGAUAGGUUUCUCCUUCACCUACCUCAUUGCUGCUGUGAUUUGUCAAAUAGCCGUCUAUCGACCGGUGAAUCCUUGGUACUACGUUUUGGCCGUGGUGCCACACUCAAUUUUGGGCGGCAAUUGUGUAUUUUCUGUAGCGGCUUUCUGUUUUAUAUCUGAUGUUACGGACACAAAGACAAGACCUUACAGAAUGAUUUUCAUGGAAGCAUUCUUCUUCAUUGGCCUAAUGACCGGUUCGCUGCUUUCGAGUUUUGUCUACGCCGCUACAGGAACCACAACAACUUUCCUCAUAUCCGGUUUACUCAUGUGUAGCACAACAAUUUUUAUUGUUGUCUGCGUGCCGGAAAGUUUACAUCUUAGUCACAGGGUUGAAGACGUCGUCGCCGUCGAUGCUAACAAAUGUAUUACGCUCAAUGGAAAACCUGUGGAACAUAUAGCCAUGGACCAUGUCGGUAAGGCAAUAAAUUCAAACGAAAAGCGAAAAAGCGUGCUUGCAAUAGAUGCGAGAGGAAAAGUAGUUGAAAUUUCAGCAGACGAUGUGCUAAAAGAAUCGAUCCAGCCAGAGAACGGGCGGAUACAAGAAUUAAAUGGUUGCGAAAAGGCAAAGAAGGAUGCUAACGAAAAACCCGCAUUGAAUGGGGCAACAACAGAAAAGCAAACAUCUGAAGAAACUUCUGCCAUGGGAAAAUCUAAAAAGGCGGGACUCUUCAGUUACGUGCACAUAAAAGAUAUGCUGGUCACUUGCUUGAAGACGAGGCCAUUCUAUGAUCGCUGCAUUAUUUGGCUUGUAACUGGCACUAUGUUCCUGUCGAUAUUCGUGCUCGAUGGCGCAAUGACGGUAUUUUAUUUGUUUGUGCGCGAGAAAUUCCAUUGGACUGUGCGAGAUUUCACAUUUUACGAGACCGUUAGUCAUAUGGUGCCUAUGUUCGGAGCGCUGAUUGGUUUCUUGAUAUUGAGAAAGGUCUUCAGCAUGUCCGUGGUGACACUUGCACUACUUUCGUUUCUUAGCGAAAUUGUAAGCAGCAUUGUAAGGGGAGUGGCAUCUGAGCCUUGGCAUUUGUAUUUAGCUGUCGCCUUGGGUGCCUUGAAAUCAGUUGGUGGACCGAUGUGUCGAACCAUUAUAUCAAAUAUAGUACCGCCAACAGAUUUGGGAAAAAUAUUUUCCAUUAAAAAUGUCUUGCAAUCGAUUGCGCCAUUCUUGGCGGCACCUCUCUACACAGUCAUCUAUAAGGAGUCAUUGAAAACAUAUCCAGGACUAUUCAACAUUGUAAGCGCGGCGCUGUAUGCGAUUGCAUUUUUAUUUCUGAUCAUUGUAUUGCGAUUCAAGUAUUCCUACAAGGAGCAUUAUGCAUCAAUCUUGAAGUAAUCUAUGCGACUACUAAAUGCUACCUCAUAUUGAUUGAUUGUUUGUAUGUACAUACAUACAUACAUACUAUGUGUGUAUUUAAAAUAAUGUGAUAUUAAGUAGAAUUGAAUCUCGAAUAAAAAUAUUGAUACACAUAGAAUACAUUUUCCUUUUAUGUGUACAUAUAUAUAUAUAUGAUUGUAUGUAUACAAAGAUCUAUAGGUAUGCUUAAACUUAUAUUGUAAAUAACAAGGCUUCGGAGCAAAGGUAUUUUUUUCAUCGCAUCACAAAACAAGACUCCCCUAGAUAGGUCCGUUUGGUCAUAAAAAUGUGCCCUGCGAAACAAUUUCAAAAUCGGAUAACGGAGACGCGUGCCUCAAGAGUUCUAAAGUUACAUAAAUUAAUUCACUAAAUUUUACAUGAAAUAGGAAAAAGAGCUCAUAUUCAGUGAAAAGUGAUUAUUUGUUUCAUAUCAAUCACUGGAUUUUCGCACGCUGAUCUUAAAUACGGCUACGCCUUCUCUCAUCUCGUCAGGAUUGGAAGCUAUAGAGCCUUUGUUUGUAUAACAUUAGGGCUCUUGAGGCACGUCUUUCCGUUACCUGAUUUUGAAAAUUUUUCGCACUUUACUCAACCCAUGCUGAGGCUCCGCUGGCGUCGGGAGUAGAAGGGCCUCAAGUGUCUUCGCUACCGGGGAAAGGAGAGAUAUCGGGCGAAAAUACUCUCCUUUGUUGGCUGGUUUCCACGGUUUAAGCAGUGGGACUACCCUCCCUGCUAUCCAGAUGUCCGGAAUGAUGAGGGUGGGCAUGGACAGAUUGAGAACCUUGUUUAAAUAAUGCAGCAAUAAAUGGUGCAGCCUUCUGGUCAUUCGACAUUUGGUUUUGUCCACCGGAGGAUGCUAAAAUAGCUCGCACAUCGCUCCGGAUCCGAUGAGGUAUGGUCGCCGAAAGAGAUUUCAACUGUCGUCACGCUUCGUCGAGUUGGACAGCGACCUCACGGUUGACAAAAGCUUGCUCACACCAGAGGCGAAGUUUCAAGUCUUCAAAUGCUCUUUCCACAUCUUCCGCGUAUGUUCGUUUCCAAGUUGCCAAAUAUCCGUAUUGAGAUCCCUGAUGCGGGGAUUUCUGGAAUCGGCCUAACGAAGGUUGUCACGCUCAUCGGCUAGAAAAGACGCUUCGGCUGGAAAAUUCGGACGGGCAUCUGAAAUGCAUUCGGCUGGAAUGAAGCGAGCUGCAGCAACAGUGACAACCCUGCGGAACUUACGCUCACCUACCUGAACGUCGGUUGGUGUGGGAAGGGCAGAUAAGGUGUUUCAGUAACUUUCACGGAGCCGUUGCAAUCAGCUUUAGGAAAGUUUAUGUAGUUUCGGUGUUCCGUUGAAGCAAAGUCGGCAGGUUCAUCAAUCGAGAUGAAUAUGGGCGGUUUAUUAGAUCAGCGCUUGCAUCGUCGUUGAUAUGUAGAAUCGUCCAUCUGCUCAUCAAAGUGUGUUCCCCUACGAUCAUUCGACAUGCUAUGCAACUUAGUCUCUUGGACCGCAGCUAUUAAUAUUCUGAGCCGGCCCAUGAAGA